CGUAUACAUGUAAGUAGAGAAAUUAAAGAUGGAGAAUUCAAGGCCCAAUGACACACCACUUGUGACUUCCAUUAUUCAUGCAGCCUCGUCGGAGUUGUCGCCAAUCAGUAACGGCGGCAACGGACGACAAAUAAUGAAGCUUGUUAUCAAUGGCGACAGCCACACACAAGCUCAUUUAGGUCAAGUAAUUACCCACUACUUGGCCUCACUACAACCUCACAGGCAACGCUUUCUAGGGUACCCGACGAAUGAGGAAUUCAACUACGAGGCUCUGGCUCCAUUGCUUCAUCUUCAUCUUAACAAUGCAGGGGAUCCGUUUCAUGGGAGCAGCUUCACUCUGAAUUCAACAAGUUUCGAGGUGAGUGUGCUUGAUUGGUUCGCUAACUUGUGGGACAUAGACAAGAAUGAAUAUUGGGGAUAUGUCACCACUGGUGGUACUGAAGGCAAUCUCCACGGCCUCUUACUUGGGAGAGAACAAUUUCCGGAUGGGAUUCUAUAUGCCUCCCAAGAUUCCCAUUAUUCUGUAUUUAAGAUAGCAAGAAUGUACAGAAUGCAAUGUAUCAAGGUUGCAAGUUUGAUCUCCGGCGAGAUUGAUUGCCAUGAUCUCAAGGCUUUGCUACUUGCUAACAAACACAAACCCGCCAUUAUCAAUCUUAAUAUAGGGACAACAAUGAAAGGAGCUGUUGAUGAUAUUGAUCUUGUAAUAAAAAUACUUGACAAAGCUGGUUUCAGUCGUGAUCGAUUCUAUAUUCACUGUGAUGGAGCUCUGUUUGGAAUCAUGCUUCCUUUUCUCAAAUCAGGAGGACCAAAGAUAACAUUCAAGAAACCCAUUGGAAGCAUAACAAUUUCUGGACACAAGUUCUUGGGAUGCCCAAUUCCUUGUGGCGUUGUAAUAGCUCGUUUAAAUUACAUAAAUGCCCUAUCAAGAGACAUAGGAUACAUUGCAUCAAGGGAUGCAACAAUCACAGGUAGCCGCAGUGGCCAUGCUCCAAUCUUCCUUUGGUAUAAUCUGCAGAAAAAGGGCAUAAUGGGAAUCAAGAAUGAAGUUGAAAAUUGCAUAAGGAAUGCACGUUACUUAAAGGAUCAACUGGGAGAUGCUGGAAUUGGAGCAAUGCUGAAUGAGUUUAGUAACACGGUUGUGUUUGAGAAGCCUCUUGAUGAUGAGUUUGUGAGUAGGUGGAGUUUGGCUUGCAAUGGAAACAUCGCACAUGUUGUUGUGAUGCAACAUGUUACCAUUCAAAUGUUGGAUUCUUUUGUUGCUGAAUUGGUUCACAACAGAUCCAUUUGGUUCCAAGAAGAUGGGAUCAGAAAGUCUCUGUGCAUUGCAGAUGAAGUUGGUGCUGUAAAUUGUUCUUGCGCAUUGCAUAAGGCUAAUAUGGAUAUUCAACCCAACAACUAUGCUCUGCAACAAAUCAAACAAAAUGUGUAGAAAGAGCAAAUUAUCAUCAAAAGUACACUUGAAAGAGUCAUUAACGGACAUCAUCAUUCAUCAAAAGGUGUUCCAAGGAUAUAAAAAAAAAUUCAAGUGUUAUCAUUUUUUUAAAUUUUU